UACGCCUGAGUCGCUCUGACUGUUUUCAUUUGAAUUUUCGAUCUCUUGGGUUGUCGUGCGAUUGGUUUUUUUUUAAAAAUCCUCUUUCUUGACACCGCUUCCUGUGACAGCGCACCUCUCGCCACUUCCUCUCGAAGGCCUGCCACUUUGUUCGUUUUUUUUUUUUUUCUCUUUACUUCUUUCUUUCUGUGGAGCGCAAGCUCGAGUUCCGUGUUCCUCCUAGUGCCAUUGGCCACUCCGUCGCCAUGGUGAGCUACUGCCCCAUCUGUGGGAAGCCCGUCUACUUCGGUGAGAAAAAACGCUCCCUGGGGCGGGAUUAUCACCCACUGUGUCUGAAAUGCCACAGGUGUAAGAGGCAGCUGACCCCCGGACAACACGCAGAGCACGACGAGAAGCCAUACUGUACUAACUGCUACAUGAGAGACUUUGGCCCCAGAGGGAACAGAGGAGCAGCGUCUCACACGUGCAACACAGAAGCCUCCUAAGGAGCCUCCGCCCUCAGCACCUCCGGCCGCCUCUCCGCCCUCCCCCCCACCCACUACCGCUGCGUCUCCAUCCCCACCGGAAACGGGAAGUUGUCCCCUCCUCUUCGCCCUCUCUGUCCCCAACCCGGAGGACUUGUUCACCAUGCUCGGCUCCCACAAAAUAAAAGUCCUUUUUUUUUUACCCUCGACACAUGACCCCCCCCCCUCGACCCCUCAGCCAAAACUCUUUUUGUAUGUUUUUGUAUGUUUUUGUAUGGAGCCGCACACGCAACACUUGACAACAUCACCUACCCCACUGUGGCCUACCCCCACCCUGUCUCCUAGGCUGCUCCUCCUCGUCAGGCUGUUCACCGAGGCUGCUUCCAGCACUGGCCGUCAUCCCGGGCGACUCUGGUUUGGGCUGGGACGGAACGGAACAAUUCUUUUGCAUCUGAUCUGUCAGGGGGCAAAAAUAAGGGGCAAAAGGGCAGUCAGGGGGGGGAAUAAUUAAAGUCUGAAUAUGACUUCCUGAGUGUCAUUGGUCUGGAAGGCCUUUCCAUGUGGUGACCGGGGGAAAAUAUUGGUAAUGAAAAAGAAUGUGAAUUUGUGUGUUGCAUAAUAGUAACAGAGUGCAUUAAAUGUAAUCUCUAUCAGAUUAUCAGCAAAGUUAUGUGUUUGGAUAGAUUUUUUUUGCAUCAUCUCAAGGUUUCAUUAAAUGUAAAUGUAUUAAA